GCACCUCCUUUCGCUUGUAGCUCGCCAGUUCUACACAAAGCAACUCACGCUCUGACGCUCAGAAACCACCAUUCGCUUGUUUUAACGCGAGCUAGCUAGCUACUCAAUUAGCAGUACUUCAAUCUUAUACAACAGCUAGCUCGCUAGCUCCCCAUCGCGGCCUUGACAAUGCAGUACGGUGCGGCGGCGGAGCAAGCGUGGUACAUGCCAUCGGCGAUCGCGGCCGUGGCGGCUGCGCCCGAGACUGCCGAGGAGCGCGUGGAGCGGCUGGCUUCGGAGAGCGCCGUGGUGGUGUUCAGCGUGAGCAGCUGCUGCAUGUGCCACGCCGUGAAGCGGCUCUUCUGCGGCAUGGGCGUGCACCCGACGGUCCACGAGCUGGACCUCGACCCGCGGGGCCUGGAGCUGGAGCGCGCCCUGGCCGCCCUCCUCGGCGGCUCCGGCUCCGGAGCCGGAGCCGGAGGGGUCGUCCCCGUCGUCUUCAUCGGCGGCAAGCUCGUGGGCGCGAUGGACCGCGUCAUGGCCGCGCACAUCAACGGCUCCCUCGUGCCCCUGCUCAAGGACGCCGGCGCGCUCUGGCUCUGAGCUUAGCUAGCUGCUGCUGCUGCCUGCGCGCGCCACUGGCAUUGCUACUUGGGAGGGGCUAAUAGUAGGAUAGAUUGAUACAUCCACAGAGAUCAGUUAUAGAUCGAUCACUGCGUGUGCGUGUGUGCGUCAGUGCGUGUGUGAGAGAGAGUGAGAGGUUGGUGCUUUUUUUUACGACUACUGCCUCCGUCUUGUGUUUGAGCUUGCGUUGUGGGAGCUAAGCUAGCGCGUGCAUGCUUGCACUAUAUCGGUAUGUGUGUAGGGUGCUUGCUUGGUUCUACGAAGAGAUCUAGUGUUCAUCUCUUUGAUCCCAUCAACUAGUUUAUUUUGGUUUGCCUUGUUUAAUUAUGUGUAUUGCUCGACAUUUGGACCUAGCUAGACGUUUUCAUUUUCAUUGCCUUAAUUAAUGCUCACGUCAUGAAUGA